AUGAAUGCAAACGAGUGGAUAAAGGUUUUAGUAAGAGCAUCCAUGUGCUUUUUUGGAAUCCUUGGUAACAACUGGCUGGCUUUUCGUUCCAUACCGAAAUCCAGAUCUCAGCUCCGAACAAACGACAUCCUAUUUGUCAACUUGGCUGUAUCUAAUCUGAUCACCAAUUACCUGGUGGACCUACCAGACACCUUAGACUUUGUAGUCCACUGGACCAGAAGAUAUUGCACUGUGUUCAGUUUCUGCUCCAACCUCUCGGAGACCAGCAGCAUCUUGACUACCAUGUUCAUAACUGUGUACUGGCAUCAGAAGCUCGUGGGCUCUCUGAAGCGUGGAGGAGCUCCUGUGCAAAUGGAUAACCUCUGCCUCAUCACAGCACUGCUGACAGGGAGCUGGGCGUUUGCCACCAUCUUCAGCAUUCCUCAUUUCUUCUUCAUCUCUACAGGCAUCUUGAACCAAAGCUUCGAUGACUGCAUGGAACAAGAUUCAUCCCAAGAGGCCAGGCAAGCCUAUGAGAUGGUGUACCUUGCACUGGCAAAUCUUGCACCAAUCAUUGGGAUCGUUUUUGCAAGCAUUCAAAUUGCAGUCACGCUUGUACAAAACGAGAGACGGAUCAAAAACUCCACAAACGUGUUCAAUAGAGGAGGAAAUACCAAGAUAAAGAAGGCUCCAGAACCCACGUCCAAAGAUCUGACUUCAAAUGCUGCAAAUAAUGUCCAAGACCAACGACAAGGGGUCCAAAAGUCUAAAGACAAAACCAGCUCCUCCACUGGUAAUCAGGUGAGAGCUGCCAAAAGUGUGGUGACAGUGGCCACCGUUUUCCUGAUCUGCUGGCUAACACAUCUCACGCUCAGCAUAACCAUCACCGUUUAUGAUUCCAUCAUAGUAGCAGAAAUGAUCAGCUAUAUAGGAGGAACCUACACAUGUAUAAUACCUUAUAUGUACUUGCAUGGUGUAAAGAAAUUGAACUGCUCCUCCAAAGGCUGA